AUGUAUAACAUCAUGGGCCGCUUCGUCCCAGCUGUGGGAACUGUUAAAGAGCUUGAUGAUGUACAAUGGGCGCAUUUGUACAAAGCUGGAUGUAUAAUAGACAAACGUAACAAUGAACUAAUACAACGAGAAAUACUGAACGGAACGCAAAAUCUACGAGGACGUCAAAAAGGCUAUACAAAAAUGUUGAAACUCCACAUGUCAGUUAAGCAUCUGGUGGGCUUUUGUUUCUGA